AUGAAGUUCGCCGUUUGUGCCCUAUUCAUUGCUUUAGCUCUUGCCAGUUCGUCGGCAUUAACAAUUUCAGCAACUGUACCGACAUGCACCAGCUGCCCGGCCUCUUUGGGUUCGAUUUCCAGCAUCAUUAGAAAUGUACAGACAAGUCUGGCACCCAUCUUGAGCCAAAUUCCCCUCUUCGGACCUGCCCUAAACAACAUUCUCGAUUUGAUCGUUUCCUUCUUCAGCCUUCUGGAAGGUAACACUUCCUUACCCGACUUGGUCGCGAAACUCCAAAAUAUGAUCAGCCAAAUCCUUAGCGGUGGACUUCUUGGAGGAUCUACUGGAGGAACCGGAACCACCGGAGGAACCGGAACCAUCGGCGGAACCGGCACCAUCGGAGGUACCACCGGAGGAACCACCGGAGGAACCGGAACCAUUGGAGGAACCGGAACCAUCGGAGGAACUGGAACCAUCGGAGGUACCACCGGAGGAACCGGAACCAUUGGAGGAACAGGAACCAUCGGAGGUACCACCGGAGGAACCACCGGAGGAACCACCGGAGGAACCACCGGAGGAACCACCGGAACCACCGGAGGCGCCGUAUGCACCAACUGCCCCGACUCGUUGAACGCUGUCACUGAUUUGCUCCGUAACCUGGAGAACUCUCUGUUGCCCGUUUUGGACAGCCUUCCCCUGAACUUGGGAUACGUCCUUAAAGGUCUCCUCGAUUUGCUCAUCAACCUCCUGUCUACUGCAGGAAACAAUUUGUCUGGUGGUUUGGACAGUGUUCUGCAACAAUUGGGUGUCACCAUCAACACGCUCCUCGGAUCGUUGUAA